CUGCGACCUUGUGCGGUUUUUUUUUACCUUAUUCAGAAGGAGAGUUCAGCAGCGCCGCAUACUUUUUCUUUCCUUUUUCUUCUCUCUUUUUCUUCUCUCAAAUCGCCAUGGCCAGCGAAGCCUCCUCUUCCUCCUCCUCCCUCCCUUCUCCCACCCAGCGCAGGGUGGCUGCUGCGGAGGUCUGGAAGGACAUCAGUCUCAACAGCCUCAACAAUCGAGACACCCCUUCCAAGCCAGAUCCCCUCUUCCUCCGCUGCUUCCUCAUCUCCUGCUCCGACGCUCGCCCCGCCAGCGACUCCGCCGACGCCGGAAAUGUCAGCGCCGCCGUAGAUCCCCGCAAGGAACGGAUGAUUAAGAAUCGCGAGUCGGCCGCCCGAUCUAGGGCUCGGAAACAGGCCUACACGAACGAGCUGGAGAAGGAAGUGGAUCAUCUUCUGAAGGAAAACAGGAGGCUAAAGAUGAAGUAUGAGGAGGUAGUUGGUUAAGCAAGCGCUCUCGGCCGGGCUGCCUGUCGGCAAGAAGAGGAAGAUCCAAAGAACAACAUCCGCCCAAUUCUGAAGAACAAACCAACAACUGCGUAUAUCGAUCCGACUAAAUUAUCUCCUUCAUUUUAUAUACGUGUGGUUACUUUGGCAUCAGAUGUUCUUGGUUUUGGCAGUUCCUCGAGAUCAAACCCUGUCUAUUUGUGUCUUUGAUCUGUUCUUCGCGAUCCCUGAGUGAUCAGGUAAAUAAUUCCUUUACCGAAAAGGAAAACAAGAUCGAGUUGGAUGAUGACAAUGAUUUUUUUUCUUGAAGAUUUUCACCGAAGCUGAGCUGUGCUUGCAAUAAUUGUAACCGUUUGGUUUGCUCUGCUGCCCAUUAAGGGGUGUUUGUAUUAAACUAAUCUGUCAUUAACCACAGAGCGUUUGAAAUUA